AUGUCUAUCUCCUCCGUUCAUCCCAAUUCCAAAGGGCACCCCAAAACGGACGACAUCGCUCCGUCCAGCCCUACGACCAGCAUUUGGCUGGCCGCCAUUGAAAGAUACUACGACGAGCUCGCCAAGGGCGGAAUCAAAGCCGCUGUCAUUGACAGAGACCUCUGGCGCAUCAGGAGCCCCGAAGAACUGCUAGCCCAGAUCGAAGCAUUCAGUCCCAGUCAGAGCGACCAAUCCAGAGCAUGGACGAAGAACCUAUCGCAGCUUCGGCCCAUCCUGCUUGGACUCAAUGACUUUGCUGCUCUCGCAGCGUGGGCGUUGGGCAUGGAAGGCAAGGUGGCGGCCGUUCUGUGGGGUUCCAUUCGGCUCAUUAUCAAGUUUGCGCAACCCAUUUUGCCCGACAUUGUAAAAAUGCUCGAGACCCUGCACCAUGCCUUGCCACGCAUGCAAAUGUACGAAAAUGAGCUGCCCAUGACUGAGCCGCUCGAAAAGGCCCUCCUCGACAUGUACAGCGAAGUGAUUGUGUUCUGCGCCCACGCCAUUGCCUUUUUCCGCAACAAUCCGAACGUAGGCCCGAAUCGCCAUGCCUGGUCUCAAUUCAGCAGAGAUUUUGCAAUGGUCGUGGAGAACAUCCAGAAGCUGUCUCGCCGAGUGGACGAGACGGCAGACAUGAUCCGGCUCUCUAGAGAAGCACGCACGGUGGAAACGGUGGCCGCCUUUAAGAAUUUGCAGCUUAAGGGCAACAAGGGUCCUCCUGCCAAGUUUCCCUGUUUUUCGGUACCGUACGGACUCCACCUUCAUUUAUUCGCCAGGGAGAUGGAACUGCAGACCCUCCAAGAAUGCCUGGACCCGUCCUCGUCGUCCAGGACACAGCUCCAGGCCGUCGGCAUCCAUGGACUCGGCGGUGUCGGCAAGUCGCAGCUGGCUCUCCAGUACGCCAACACGUCGAUGCAAGUAUAUGACUUGAUUGCUUGGAUUGCCUCCGAGUCCCAGAUCAAGCUCAUCCAGAGCUUGUCCGACCUCGCUCGUAAGCUGGGACUGGCCGGCGAAGCGAAUCAAGACGACUACAUAAGCAUUGAGGUGGUCCGAGACUGGCUCAACACGUCGGGAAAAACGUUUCUUCUCAUCUUUGACAAUGUCGACGACAUCAAGCUGCUGCGCCAUAUUUGGCCUUCAAGCAACAAGGGUUCCAUCAUCAUCACAACCCGAUCACCGGUGUUGGCGGCAAAAUGGGCCACCAAGACCAUGCCGCUGGGCUGCUUCCCCGCUGAUACUAGCCCGUCCAUUUUGGUAGCCAUGUCCGGUACGAUUUGCUCCUCGCCUGAGGAAGAUGCUGCAUCGGCAGAAAUUUGCAAGCGGCUAGGCGGCUUGCCUCUGGCCGUGUCGCAAGUCGCCGACUUCAUCCGCGAGAGAGGCUGCACGUAUGCCGAGUUUUUAAAGAUAUACGAUAAGUCGGCCCACAAAGUGCUCGCCAAGGCGGACAACCUGGUCGGCUACGACCACACGGUGCUGACUACAUGGGAAAUCUCACUGGAGAAACUGUCUGCCGAAGCGGCCCGUCUGCAGAAUUUACUUGUCUUUUUUGACCCUGACAAAAUCCUUGAGAAGCUAGUCUGCCUAUCUGAGGAUGCUAAUGGGCUAGAUGAUCCAGACUUUGAGUUCCUGAAGGACUCUUUUGAUUUCAGUGAAGCGGUAGUGGAACUCACCCGAGGAUCCAUGAUUUCGAAACUUUCAUACUCUGAAUCUUUCUCGAUGCACCGCCUUGUGCAGCUUGCUGUGUUUUUGCGCAUAUCCAAGAAGGACCGCCCAAUGUACUUUGACACGGCCACGCGGUUGUUAUACUACGGCUUUCCAAACACAUGGAACGCGAGAGGACCGCACCAGGGCCAUGGUUUCACCUACUGGACGACUUGCAGUGAAAUCCUGCCCCAUGUCUCUUUCCUCAUGGACAUGUCCAAAAAGUACAAUAUCAAAACAGGCAACGCUGAAAUCUGGGCAGAACUUAUUUUUAGAACGGGAGCGUACCUGUGGGAAAAGGAUCAGCAGUUGCUAGCAAGAGCAUUUUUCGAAACUGGCCUCAGCAUCGACGACGACUCAAACAGCCCCGUCGUGGCCCAGGCUUACCGAUAUCUGGGUCACAUCUCGGUCGAUCUCGCUCACCCUCGGGCCGGACUGGCUGCCUACAAGCAGGCCCUCACCGUACGCGAGGCCAUCGAGCUCCCGGAUUCUCCCCCCAUUGCCGAUGUGUACGAUUCCAUCGCCUGUGCAUACACAGAGGCUGGCGAUAUACAUAACGCAUUUGACUUUGUCGAUCGCGCCACGGCCAUUCAUAACGCCCACGACCCGUCCAAGAUGUCCCGCACCCUGGCCAUCCGCUCCAUGGCCUGUCUGCGCGACGGUCAGGCCGACAAUGCCCUCGACGCCAUCCAGCAGUGCUGGAAGCUCCAGGACAUGACACAAGACCAGAUCGCCACGUCCCAGUAUCCUAAACACAGCGGCGACAUUGUCCUCUUGGCCCGAAUCCUCUGGCUGCAAGGUGAAAGGGACAAACAGGACGGAAAAGACAAGAGGAGCGCAGCCCGCGAGCUCGCCUCCCGGGCCAUCACUAUGCGCCGCGGCACCUUUGGCGAGAUUGCCGGCCCCCGCGUCGCUGACGCCAUCUUUAUCUUGGCUACGAUGCUGCGCGACGACGGUGAGCCUGUGUUAGCGGCCCAGCUUCUGCGCGAAAUUGUGUCCAUGGCCGGUACGCAACCGAUCAUGCAGAGCCACAGGGCGCGGGCGCUCUGGUUCCUGGGUAACCUCAUGGGUACCGCUCUAGGCCAGGAAGAGCAGGCUGCGGCAGAGACGCACGAAAGCGCCAAGAAGGCCCGCGGCGAAAUCGAGAGCCGCGAAUGGCCAGAUGUGGACAGUGACGAAGGGUUUAUGCGGCUGGUCUCAUGGAUGGUCUGGUAA